AUGGCUCAAGGAAUGCAUCUGAUCUGGAUGAUCUUCUGUUUUCAUCUGAUUUGCAUCUCAAGUCAACAAGAGACAGGGUUUAUCUAUAAUGGUUUUGGCCAAGCAGACCUUUAUACCGACGGGGUCGCCAAAAUUCUUCCCAACCGACUGUUGCAGUUGACGGAUGGUACCGGACAGAAAAUGGGUCAUGCCUUCUUCAAGAAGCCGUUUGAGUUCAAUUCAUCUGAAUCACUCUCUUUCUCAACACAUUUUGUGUGUGCGCUGGCUCCUAAGCCAGGAUUUAUUGGUGGUCAUGGUAUUGCCUUUGUUUUAUCUGCCUCCAUGGAUCUCACGCAGGCAGAUGCAACACAGUUCCUGGGACUUUUUAACAUCUCAACUCAAGGAUCCCCCUCUUCUCAUCUAGUUGCUGUUGAGCUAGAUACUGCCCUCAGCGCUGAGUUCGAUGACAUCGAUGCCAAUCAUGUUGGAAUCGAUGUCAAUAGCCUUAUGUCUAUCGCAUCCACUCCAGCUGCUUACUUUUCCGAGAUAGAAGGUAAGAACAAAAGCAUAAAGCUUCUGAGUGGAGAGCCUAUUCAAGUCUGGGUGGACUACGGAGGAAGUGUACUUAAUGUUUCACUGGCCCCUCUUAAAAUUCAGAAGCCAAGUCAGCCUCUUUUGUCAAGAUCCAUCAACCUUUCAGAAACUUUUCCAGAUAAAAAGUUGUUUAUUGGGUUCUCUGGAGCAACCGGGACAUUGAUCAGCUACCAAUACAUACUCGGGUGGAGUUUUAGCAGUAACAGGGUGUCAUUGCAGGCCCUGGAUGUCACUAAACUUCCUGGAGUUCCUUCUCAUAGAGCUAAAAAUAAGAGACCAACAGAACUGCUUAUUGUUCUGCUCAUAUCACUGGCAGUCAUAGUGUUUUUGGCUCUUGGAGCAGCUUAUGUCUACAGGAGAAGGAAAUUUGCAGAAGUAAAAGAGGAAUGGGAAAAGGAAUAUGGUCCCCACCGUUUUUCCUAUAAAGCUCUGUACAAUGCAACGAACGGGUUUCACAAGGAUCGACUUCUUGGAAAAGGAGGUUUUGGAGAAGUGUACAAAGGAACUCUGCCUUCCAAUGGACAAAUAGCAGUGAAAAGAGUGUCCCACGAUGCAGAGGAAGGGAUGAAGCAGUUUGUGGCUGAAAUCGUGAGCAUGGGUAAUCUGAAGCACAAGAACAUGGUUCCACUUCUUGGGUACUGUAGAAGAAAAGGUGAGUUACUUCUGGUAUCUGAAUACAUGCCCAAUGGUAGUCUUGACCAAUACUUAUUCCAUCAAGGAAAACCGCCCUUUUCAUGGCGUCGAAGACUUAUAAUCAUCAAGGAUAUAGCUUCAGCUCUAAAUUACAUGCAUACAGGAGCUCCCCAAGUUGUUCUCCACCGGGAUAUCAAGGCUUCUAAUGUUAUGUUAGACGCAGAAUUUAAUGGAAGGUUAGGGGACUUUGGUAUGGCAAGGUUUCAUGAUCAUGGGGCGGACCCUGCUACAACUGUCGCUGUGGGAACCAUAGGAUACAUGGCACCGGAGCUUGCUACAAUGGGAGCUUGCACUGCAACCGACGUUUAUGGCUUUGGUGCCUUUCUACUUGAAGUAACAUGUGGAAGGAGACCCGUUGAACCUGGGUUACCAGCUGAUAGACAGUAUUUAGUUCUAUGGGUCUGCCAAUGUUGGAAAAUGGCUUCUUUGCUCGGAGCUAGAGAUCCGAGAUUGCAAGGUGAAAUCUCAGCUGAGGAAGUCGAAAUGGUACUGAAAAUAGGGUUGCUUUGCACAAAUGCGGUGCAAGAACUGAGACCUUCCAUGGAAGAAGUUGUGCAAUACUUAAAUGAAAGCCUAAAGCUGCCUGAUAUCUCCCCAAAUUCUCCUGGUAUCGGGUCCUUUACCCCACUGAUCAUCGGAUCAAACUCCUUCCCUGCCUCCCCCACUACCAAGACCUUGUCAGCAUCCUUUUACUCUUCUUCCUCGGCCACUGACUCUACGUUUGUCACUCACUCGAUUAUACAUGGGCACGGACGGUAA